UCAACAUUCAAUUGAGCGGAAUGUGAAACCGUCGAUGAAGCUCUCUUUGCUCUCCUUAUCACGCACAUAAAAGGAUCAUAAGGAUGACAGGAUGUGCAAUUCAAGUCAAAACAUCGGGAAUUUUUGUCGAUAAGUCGAACGUAAAAUUAAAUUCUAAAAUCGAUGUAUCAAGCUGUUCUUGAACAAAUUGUAUUGGAUUGCUACUAGCGUAUUCUUUGAAUGUUGACAAAGAAAUAUUAGACCAUGAAUGUGAUAAAUCCUCAAAAGAACCAAAAACUCUAAUCAUGUGAAAUGAUAUUCUACAACCAUUGAAAGAAACUGAUUUCAUUGAGUAAUCAAAAAUGGUGAAAUCAUUAGCAGCAUGCCAAGGAUUUACUUGAACCUAAUUCCGAAUACGGAGUUGCUGAGUGAAUAGUAGUUCAGCAAUCAGCGAAAUUUUUCGAUUGCAAAAUGAAACGACAAAACAUUCGUACGUUAUCCUUGGUGGUUUGCACCUUCACUUAUUUGCUAAUCGGUGCGGCCGUAUUUGAUGCCCUCGAGUCGGAAACAGAAGCUCGACGUUGGGAAUUUCUCAAGAGCGUAAAAGCAAACUUCGUUGCAAAGUACAACAUCACACCGGAGGAUUACCACAUGAUCGAAAUAGUAAUAACAGAAAACAAACCUCACAAGGCAGGACCACAAUGGAAGUUUGCCGGCGCCUUUUAUUUUGCCACCGUCGUACUGGCAAUGAUCGGGUAUGGUCACUCGACACCGGUUACGAUUGGUGGCAAGGCAUUUUGUAUGGCCUACGCAAUGGUUGGUAUUCCACUGGGCUUGGUCAUGUUCCAGAGUAUCGGUGAACGUUUGAACAAAUUCGCGUCAGUGGUAAUACGAAGGGCAAAAAGAUAUCUUCGCUGUCAACAAACGGAGGCAACCGAAAUGAAUCUGAUGUUGGCUACCGGUUUGCUGUCCUCGGUUAUCAUCACAACUGGUGCAGCUGUGUUCUCUAAAUAUGAAGGAUGGUCCUACUUCGACAGUUUUUACUAUUGCUUCGUAACAUUGACAACCAUCGGUUUCGGUGACUACGUAGCACUGCAGAAUGAUCAAGCACUAAUAAACAAACCAGGAUAUGUGGCGCUUAGCUUAGUUUUUAUCUUGUUCGGACUGGCCGUUGUGGCUGCCAGCAUAAAUUUACUGGUACUACGGUUUAUGACAAUGAACGCAGAAGAUAUCCGUCGCGAAGAGGCUGAGAUGCAAUCAUCAGUAGACGGACUAAACUACGAAUGCGAAUCCACAGGAAAGCUGUUAUCGUGUGCCAAUCUGAACUAUUGUUCUGAAAUAGAGGAUGAAGACACUUCUGUUUGCUCUUGUACCUGUUUGGGAGGAAACAGUUUUAUGAAUCAUGAAAAUGAAUUUCUUUUGGAUCAGGGUUAUCAUCCAGCUGAUAUCAUUACCAGUACAUUAAGUUUGAAGCGAAUGUCUAUAUAAGAAGAGCAUUUGAAAUCAAUGUUUGGUAGAGCACAACACUGCCAACGAGCGUAUGAUGUGUAAAUAUAUAUCUAGUCCCAGUGGGAAAAUCAAUAAUCCUACUCUGUAUGUGAUUCUUGUCAUUAACGUUUAAUAUAGCUAGUACUUAAAAUAGAGCAUUCAACUAAUAUCAAUGGUAAUUGAAAACUCUGUCAUAUAGAAAAAAGAAAUUGAUGAAAACUUAUGCGAGUUCAGACGUUAAUACAAUGUUCGUAUCGAAUACCUUACAUUCAAUACCAUACAAUAUGUUCCAGGAUAUACCAUUUCGAAUAGUGAAUUUUAUAACUCUUCAUCGUUCUCAAAGAAUUGCAUUUCUUGAAAUAAAUUCAUCAUUCUUAAACAA